AUGCAACAUCUUCUUAUUGAUUGCCCUAUUGUAAGGAAUAUUUGGCUUGCUACAAAUACCCUGUUAGCAAACAUGAUUAGUAAUUGUAAUAUUAAUGAUUGGUUAUCUGAUAAAUUUAAUCAUAAUAGCCAGAGAAUGAAUGUAGAUGAUCUUACCUGUUAUCAGAAGGUUUGUGUAGCUUUGUGGCACAUAUGUAAAAACAGGUGUGCAGUUUUGUUUGAUAAUAUACAUGUGAAUGUAGCUGCUCUCUCUAGCAGAAUACAGUCUUACUAUAAUGACUGGCAGAAUUCCUUAAUAGGGAGUAAUCAAGGAAGAAAUAUUGUAAACACUUCUUACAGGGACUCUUGGGAUCCUCCAACCCAGGAUUAUUUAAAGUUAAAUUUUGAUGUUGCAUUUGACUUAUUAAAUAAGAAAUCAGGAUUAGGAUUAAUAAUUCGUGAUAUUGCAGGUGAGCAACAUGGAGUUGGAUGCACACCAGACAGAGCCAUAAAUGCUGAGCAAGCAGAGGCCAUUGCAGCAUACAAAGGAAUACAGUGGGCAAAGACAAUAGGUUGCAGUAAUCUACACAUAGAAGGAGAUUGCAAAAAUAUAAUUGCUGCCAUCAACGGGAAUAGAGAUGCUGUGAAGUGGACCUCAAAUUGUAUUAUUUCAGAAAUUCUAGAUGUUUUAAGGGGUAGUUUUAAUAAUUAG